AUGUUCAAUAAAAUUAUCAAUAGAUUUCGUCCAACAAAAGUUAUUGUUGUUGAUGAUCCAGAGAAUAAAAUUGUUGGUGAUAAUGUAAAUCCUGACGAUGAUGAAGAAAAUGCUCAUCAAUGGGAUCGACCUAUUGAAUUUCUCUUAUCACUUAUUUCGAAUUCAGUUGGUCUUGGUAAUGUUUGGCGUUUUCCUUAUCUCGCAGCACAAAAUGGUGGAGGUGCUUUUCUUAUUCCUUAUUUCAUUAUUUAUUUUCUAAUUGGAGCUCCACUUUAUUUUCUGGAAUUGGCUCUUGGACAAUUUACUAGUCGAGGUCCUGGUACAGGAUUCGUUCUUGCCAGAGGAUGGCAGGGUGUGGGUAUUGCUAUGAUCAUCAAUAGUGUAUUAGGUACCAUCUAUUACAAUGUUCUUAUUGCUUGGUCUCUCUUCUACUUUUUUCUUUCGUUUCGUACCAAACUUUUAUGGUCUAAAUGUGGUCAAUUUUGGAAUACAGAUCGAUGUUUUGAGCCUGGUGAUCAAUCUAGCUUUUUUAGUGACAAUGGAACAACAUAUAAUUGUACAGCAGAACAAUAUGUAAACGCCUCUGAUUAUGCUUGUCAAGCAAUCAAUACUACUGGAAGAGUAGCAGCUACUGAAGAAUUCUUUUAUCGAUUACUUUUGAAUAAAAGUUCGAGUUUCGAUGAUUUCGGCACUCCAGGCCUUUAUAUGACCCUAUUAUUGCUCUUAGCUUGGAUAAUCAUUUGUUUAUGUAUUAUUCGUGGUGUUCAAUCAUCGGGCAAAGUUGCCUAUUUUACUGCUAUCUUUCCAUAUAUUGUUCUUCUUAUAUUAAUCAUUUUUACUGCUACUCUCAAAGGAGCUGAUGACGGUAUACUAUAUUAUAUUAAGCCAAGGGUUGAGCUACUCGGUGAUUUUAAGAUAUGGCAAGCAGCAGCAGCUCAAGUUUUCUUUUCUCUAAGUGUCUGUUUUGGUUCACUUAUUGCUUAUUCAGCAGCUAAUAAAUUCGAAAAUAAUUUUUACAAGCAAAUGUGUAUUGUGGUUUCAUGUGAUUGUUUUACUGGUGUUUUUGCUGGUUUUGCCGUUUUUGCUACAAUUGGAUUUCUUGCUAGAUCAUUAGGCGUAGAUGUCGAUGUAUAUGCUAAAUCAUCAGGACCUGGUUUAGCAUUUAUUACUUAUCCGGAAGCAUUAUCGAAAAUGCCGGCUAGUCCUAUAUUUGCUAUUAUCUUCUUUGCAAUGCUUCUCGCUCUUGGGCUUGGUACUCAAUUUGCUUCUACAGAUGUAACAAUUACUGCACUUAUGGAAUUCUUUCCAAGAUAUGCAAAAAAACGAUGGCUACUUGUUAUUAUAACUUGUAUAGUCUUUUUUCUUGUCAGUUUACCAUUUGCUUGUCCUGGUGGUUAUUUUCUAUUUGAACUUUUUCAAGAAUAUACUGCCAAUAUAUCACUUGUAUUCAU